GCGCGUGAGGCAUGUCUUCUCCCGCCUCUGCGUGCGCUGUUUGGCCAAAGCGGUGGAGAGGAGAAGAGAUGAACCGGCCGCCAUCUUCCGCGCGCUUCUCCCUCUAACGAUGAUUCAAAAAUAUCCCGAAAUCGGUGAUCUUCAGCGCAUCGACCCUGUUCAUAAGGACGUUUAGUGACGGAUCUUACACCCGAGGCUCAGAAAAAUCGUUUGGCGUUGUAUGGAAAAGUGCAUUUUUUUGUUUGCGUUGAACGCGCCGAGCGGACGGCGAGGUUGCAGCCUCGUCAGCUUCGCCCAUUUCGUGAUCACGGAACCAGACCGAAAGGGCGCGUGAAUGAAAGCGCGGCUUCACGGAGAACGGGAAAGGGGAUUUGUACGCGGCGCACGCGCCAGGAAUGAUCCAGAAGCCUGUUUGCUUUGGUCUACUGCUUAUUUGGGCCUUUUUUCUUUAGAGUGCACGCGUUUUAUACUGAAACGAGUGCGGAAUCGUUGUGCCGAAAUUCCCUCGCGCCCGUCACGUGGCUCUGUAGGUGGGCUGGCGUUGACGAGUGCAGAAGCAGGCUGCUGUGCCCUUACUGCGGCCCUGCAUGGCUGCGAUGGCGCCCGCUCUGACCGACGCCCCGGCCGAAGCCCGCCACAUCCGCCUCAAACUGGCUGCAGAGAGCAACGGCAACUCCACCAACCUUCUCCUGUCGUCCUCCAUCUCCCCGUCUGAUACAGCGAGCACCAACGGCAAGCGUCACCACGAGGACAACUGUCGUCACUGCUGCAACGGCAAGGAGUCGCUGUCGGAGCCGCUUAGUCUGGGCAAGCUACAGCCGCUGGUGGCCUCCUAUUUGUGUUCGCAUGUCGGUCCUGUAGCCGAAGAGGGCGUCCUGAUCAAGCCGUCGGUGCUGAAGAGCCGAGGCCUGCUGAACGGAGAUCUGCUUCUACGUACUGCGCUGAGCGGCGGCCAGCCGAAGAGCCUCGUCAACGGAGGAGGAGCAGGAACUGGAGCUGGAGGUGGGAGCGCAAUGGUCCCGGUCAACGGACUGGCCAAGAAGGCUGCCGUGCCCAGCACCGCGCUGCCCGAGAAAGGUAGCGUGGCCCCGUUGAACGGAGACAACGCUAAACCUCCCACCGGUGCUGGAGCUUUGUUACCGCUGUCAUCCAAGUCCGGUGAUGUGAUCCCGAUGGUGUUUGUGCCGAGUGCAGAUUCCAAGCACGCGAGAGAGCUGGAUGAUUUGCAUAGCAGAGCGCCGGAAGAUACAGGAGUCAAUGGCUCUCCGGAGAAUCCGCACUUCAAAUCUGAAGCGCCCUCUAGUGACUGGUCCCACGCCGAUAUGGCUGGAGCACUCCCUGAGACGAGUAGUGCCAACAGUGUCCCAGUCGAUGCCUCUCAGAGCUCAACCUUGUGCCAACGUAGCCCUUCUCCAUCCUCCCCUUCCCCUUCUUCUGGCGUAGAGGCGCUAAUCCUCCGCGAGCGAGCGCAGCAGAGCCAGCGCCGGCAGGCUGACAUCUCGACACGGCUACAGCGCCUGUGCAAGAGGCUUCAGGUAGUUCAGGCCAAGCAGGUUGAGCGUCAUGUCAAGCAGCAGCUCACCGGCUUUUUGCACCACACCGUGUCCCAGUCCUCCUCUUCCUCCUGCAGACGGGACACCUUUUCCCAGCUCCUUAAGGACAGCUCUUUACCCUCGGAGCUGGCAAAACUGCACCAGAGCAGCGCCACCAGCCUGCGGGUUGCGGAGGCGCAGUUCGACUCCGACGCCACCGAGAGCAGCUCGGGUGGUGAGAGCGACGUAGAGGAAGAGGAACUUGCCAGAGUGGACACUGAGCAGCGGCAUGUCAAACUGUGGAGAAGAGCAGAAGGCCGCUUCGCCCUGGAAAGAGCCUCCAUCAUAAGCCGCUGGACGUGGCUCCAGGCGCACAUCUCCGACCUGGAAUACCGCAUCCGCCAGCACACGGAUAUCUACCGGCAGAUCCGCGCCAGCAAGGGGUCAGUGGAGCUGGGGGACACCUCCUGGUCAUACCAAACCAAGACGGACAAGCUGAAGCCCCAGAAUCUCACGGGAGACCCGAGCCAAGCUAACAGACUUCAGAGCGACAGAUCUAUCAGCGAGAUCUUCCACAGCGCGGCUGAAAGGUCGGAUGUGAAGUUUUCUCCGAGUCUCGAGAGCGGCUGUUCAUCAGCACGGGUUCGACCCCUGAACAGCUGGAAGAGACGACGCCUCGUCCAACCGGCCAUGCUGCACAACCUCAACAGCAAGGUUCAGCGAGUGUGUUCCCCACGGAGUGUGUGUGACGUGAACAGUGUGUGUGUGAUGUGUGGGGGCAGUCAGCUCCACCCUAAAACAGAGCUACAGUUUGAGCGCCCUCUGCUGGACAAUGUGGCUAUGCAGGACCCCAGUGUUCAUCCUACACUGUCCCUGCAGUCAGACAUGCCUCUGAGCGUACAGCUCCAAAGAGCGCUGAAGUUGCACUGGCAGACACGGAACAUGGAGAAAGUCAAGCCUCUGAAGAAGCUGUCGGUCAAACACAAGCUCUCGCACUACUCCUCCUCCUCCUCCUCAGCUGCACUAUCCAAGCACAAGUUUAGGCUUUCCAGCUCGCCCAUGGCAGCCAUCAGGUUCUCCAGCUAUAAGAGUCGAUCGGAGAGGGCGCGAAAGCAGGGCGAGGUCGGCAUCCGUCUGCCCAAGGUGGACGCGCACACCCCCUGCAGGCCAGGCCGGCUUCUGGACAGGAGCCCCAGCAGGAAGAGAGCCAGGGAGAAUUCGCUGGACCGAACCGAGUCCCCGAAGCUGCAGUUCGAUUCAGGAAGCCCGUAUCCGCCAUCGCAGCCAAGCCUCCAGCCGUCCACCCCGAACUCCACCACCAGCAGACAGAUGUGUCUGCCCAGUGACAGCUCCACACCUCUGGGCCCCAGCAGUCAGACCGGCUCCUGCUCUAUGCCAAUUAGAAAGCGGAGAAGUGAAAACUCCUUUGACAUCAACAACAUCGUCAUCCCCAUGUCCGUUGCAGCGACUACCAGAGUGGAGAAGCUUCAGUACAAGGAGAUCAUCACCCCGAGCUGGAGAGAGGUGGACGUCCUUCCCCAGCCUCUCGAUGAGGAAGACGAGAACGUCGAGGUGGAGGACUUGUCCGACACAGCAUUUAUGCGGCUUCAUCAGAAAUGCGAGGACCAGGAGCGCAGCCGCUGGAGAUGGACCGCCCUCGCCCCAGCCAAGAGAAGAGGCAGCAGGUCGUAUAAGUCUUUGGACGGCAGGACAACUCCGUCUCUGAGCGGAACCAACCCGUCUACUCCACAGCCGUCGUCUCCGGACACAGGGCACUUCCACAUGCUGCAGGAUUACGGGCCUGUUCCUUCACCCCUCAGCCCCCCCAGCCCUGACACACCCUGCUCUCGUGAUGCACACACACCUUCAUCGAGGGACUCGUACACACCUCACCUGAGAGACACGCACCGGCCGGUGUACGGCGAGGAUACACGUUGUUCUACACCCGACUGCACCUACGAGGAGAGAACGGUGCAGCCCUGGGAGCGCAGGAGCUUCCCUCUCUCAGAAGACCCAGAGCUGGAGCCCAAAAUGGACCCGCAACCCCAUCAGAGAUUCAGCUGCGGGGCCGAAUCGGAGAGCGAAGCGUCUUCGGCUUAAUAAACAAAGCUCCGGCACGAAGAAAAACAACAAACAAACGAAAGCGCACCCCUUCUGGCAUUAACCGUAACGAAUAAAGAACUCGUAUUAAAAACAAACAAUAAAUAUAUUAAAGAACUUCUGUUGUUUGAUAUUCAAACAUCAGCCAAAUAUUUUCACAGUUUUUAGUGAAUAUUAAGGAACGUAGAAAUUUAAAACUGUCUCAUAAAGCUCUUUUUCUCACAGAAAAAAACUUCAGUGUAUUAAAAAAAACAAAACAAAAAAAAAAAGGACAAAAAAAAAUAUAUACACCCAAACCAUUAA